UACUGUUUAAAUUAUUCGAUCAGAGAGAGAGAGAGAGAGAGAGAGAGAGAGUGCGUCACUGUGUGUAGAGGGACGACGUAUAAGACACUUCACUCACGCAGUAAAAGCUUAUUCUUUCCGUCCUGUGAUCGGCGAAGAAGAUAGUAUGUGCAAAUAUACAUACAAAUGCAAUGCAUAUGUAAUAUAUAGAGACAUAUAUGCAUUUAUAGAUAUAUAGAGAGAGAGAUAGAGAAAGAUCAGAUCUAGAAAGUGUGGAAGAAGAUUUGAAGCAUGAAAGGCCUCAACAAUGGAGAUCAUAUCAAAUCAUUGAUAAAGAUCUCAGUUUUCGUCUUCGUAACAGUCGCUUUCUUCUACUUAGGAAAGCACUGGUCCGAUGGCUAUCAACGGCUCAUCUUCUUCAACUUCGGCCAAACCCCUCUCGACUCUUUCAAAACCCCUUCAGUCUCUCUCUCUCCCAAUCACAACAAAACCUUCGAUAUAUCAUCUCUCAUAAACGCCAAUCAAACUGAAAUCGUGAAGGACAAAACCCUAGCUCCAGUUUCCCCUGUUUCGGAUCCACAACAACUUCCUCAAUCUCCACCGCCUCCGCCUCCCUUGCUGCCGCCGCCACCACCACCGUCGGUGCAGAGAUUUGGGGUUGUGGAUGAGAAUGGGACGAUGGCCGAUGAGUUCGAGAUAGGCGAAUUUGAUCCGGAUGUGGUGGAGAAUUGGGGGAAUGGGAAUGAGACGGAGGUUGUGGGAAGUGAUGGAGGGGGGUCUAGGGUUAGGGUUAAGAAGUUUGGGAUGUGUCCUGUGAGUAUGAGAGAGUAUAUACCGUGUUUGGACAAUGUUGAGGCGAUUCGGAAGUUGAAGUCGACGGAGAAAGGGGAGAGGUUCGAGCGGCAUUGUCCGGAAAAUGGCAAGGGCUUGAACUGCUUGGUUCCACCGCCCAAAGGUUACAGAGCCCCAAUUCCAUGGCCAAGAAGCCGGGAUGAGGUAUGGUUCAGCAAUGUUCCUCAUGCACGGCUGGUUGAAGAUAAAGGGGGUCAAAAUUGGAUUACUGUAGACAAGGAUAAGUUCAAGUUUCCAGGAGGUGGUACACAGUUUAUACAUGGGGCAGACCAGUACUUGGAUCAGAUCUCAAAGAUGCUCCCUGAUAUUGCAUUUGGUCGGCAUACGCGAGUUGUUUUGGAUGUUGGGUGUGGUGUGGCAAGUUUUGGUGCCUACUUAUUAUCACGGCAGGUGCUCACUAUGUCUAUAGCUCCAAAAGAUGUUCAUGAGAACCAGAUUCAGUUUGCACUAGAGCGUGGUGUGCCAGCCAUGGUGGCAGCAUUUGCAACAAAGCGUUUAUUGUAUCCAAGCCAGGCUUUUGAAUUGAUACAUUGUUCAAGAUGUAGAAUCAAUUGGACUCGUGAUGAUGGAAUUUUACUUCUGGAGGUCAACAGGAUGCUACGUGCAGGGGGAUACUUUGUUUGGGCAGCACAGCCUGUUUAUAAGCAUGAAGCACUCCUUGAAGAACAGUGGGAAGAAAUGGUUAACCUUACCACUCGGCUUUGCUGGGAACUCGUGAAGAAGGAGGGAUAUAUUGCAAUAUGGCAGAAGCCCUUUAACAACAGUUGCUAUUUAGGCCGUGAGGCAGGAACCCAGCCUCCAUUGUGUGAUCCAGAUGAUGACCCAGACAAAGUUUGGUAUGUUGAUUUGAAAGCAUGUAUUACUCGACUACCUGAGGAUGGGAAUGGAGCGAAUGUUUCCACAUGGCCUGCACGCCUGCAGAAUCCCCCUGACAGGCUACAGAGUAUACAAAUGGAUGCCUACAUAUCUAGAAAAGAGCUCUUUAGGGCAGAAUCAAAAUAUUGGAGUGAAAUAAUAGAAAGCUAUAUCCGUGCUUUACACUGGAAGAAGUUCAAACUAAGAAAUGUUUUGGACAUGAGAGCUGGCUUUGGAGGAUUUGCAGCAGCAUUAAUUCAACAUCAACUUGAUUGCUGGGUUCUGAAUGUUGUUCCUAUUAGUGGACCUAACACCUUGCCCGUAAUAUAUGACCGUGGACUUCUAGGAGUCAUGCACGAUUGGUGUGAGCCACUUGACACAUACCCACGAACCUAUGAUUUAUUGCAUGCGGCUGGACUCUUCUCUAUCGAACGAAAAAGAUGCAACAUCUCUAGCAUCAUGCUUGAAAUGGAUCGGUUGCUGAGACCUGGAGGACGUGUAUACAUCCGUGAUUCUCUUGCCGUCAUGGAUGAACUUCAAGAGAUUGGGAAAGCCAUGGGUUGGCAUGUAUCAUUGCGAGACACAUCUGAGGGUCCUCAUGCAAGUUACAGGAUCUUGACAGGCGAUAAACGCUUGUUGCGGGCUUGAAGAUACGGGAUCCAGGGCUGGAUUGCAUUAUGGUGCUUGCAGCUGUGGAACCAAGACUAAAACUGCAGUUGAAGUCUAUUAGACAGUGUUAGGGAGAGGGGAUUCUUGUUGGAAUUUGAUGAUGGUGCAGUGGUAUGGACAGUUACGUGUUUAAUUCUUGACAACUUUUCCAACUUGUAGCUUAACAUGGCGGCUCUUCAUGUAUAGUAAAAGAUCACAAGAACCAUUUGUGUCAUAUCCAGUAAAAGAAGAUGAUACGAGACAUUCGAAAUAGUUAAAUUUUUUUUUUUUCCUACCCAAAUUGAUCAGAGAACUUGCAAAUGUUCUGUUCUAGUGCCUCGGGUGCGUAUAAAUUGUUUUUACCACCACCAUAUUUAGGGUGUAAUUGACAAUGAUUAAUCAUUCUCUAGUUCUAAUCCAUCUUUGUUUUGUUUCAUCCA